AGCAGGAAAUACUGUGUUGGUCUGACGUGAGAGCGCUGGGUUAUGGGAGGCAAUGGAAGAACAGGCUAGUCACAUCCCGAUUUCACUCAUUUUGACAUUGUUGCGAGGAAUUUAAAUGCAAGAAGACGAAAACGAGUUGUGAGUCCCGAACUUGACCGGACAAUGGAAGUAGCUCUCUGCAGCAGUUCCAACUCACCCCUGGGAGUCAACUACCGAGACACAGAGAGUACCUGCAGAAAAACAUCAGUCAGCACCUCAGGGGUAACUACAACUACGUGUGGCUUGAAAGCAACACCUCUGUUUUUGGGAUGCAUAUAAGAGAAAGCGUAAAGAAAAAAAACACUGACUACGUAUGUAUAUAUUUCGUGUAACAACUGUGGAAUUCCGCCACUGUUCUAUGCGUAAGGGAUAUACAACCACGUAGUUAAACCUCUCCUGAGAUUGAGACAUUCAUUGAGACGCAGAGCACAUACAUUCUCACAUUUAUCACUGAAGGAGGCAAUGUUCAAAUUCACAAAUUCCCCUUGUAACACAACCCUAAUUGCCGCUUAGGAUCGCAAAGAAUAAAGGUUGGAAAUAUCUGUGGUAUCGUAGCCUAACGUGCUGUACCCUCAAAGCAACAAUAACCUGGGCUGAGUGAAAUCCCGCAAACCGGGUCUGCUGCUGUCCGUGGUCCUGAAAAAAAUACUCAUUAUUUGGGUUAUCCGAAUCAGUAACGGCGGUCUAAGGAAAACGGUUUCAUGGCCUGGGCGGUUAUGAAAAUCUUGUGGUUUUCUUGUGACUCUGGAAUCUGAAAAAAAAGCAACAGAAGAAUUGCCUACCUUGGAGGUCCGAAAUCAUUCAAGGAAUUGGAAUUCUACUCCUAUUGGUGCUCCUGGAGCUGUAGGUAGCCCGAAUGAGACCGGCAAAAAUGUAUCGAAUAAACGCUCUCGGGAUCUAUUUGUGGGAAACAAUAGUAUUUUUCAGCUUGGCAGCCUCUAAAGAAGCCGCGGCUCGAAAAGCUGCCUCCCCAAUGCCUCCCUCUGAGUUCCUGGACAAACUCAUGGGCAAAGUUUCGGGUUACGAUGCAAGAAUCAGACCUAAUUUCAAAGUUGCAGGGGUCCCCGCGAGUGGAAGAGACCCACAAGGCCCCAAAACAGAAGCUUCUCACAAGAAAGGUCCUCCUGUAAACGUAACGUGCAACAUUUUUAUUAACAGUUUUGGGUCCAUCGCUGAAACAACAAUGGACUACAGAGUGAAUAUCUUCCUGAGGCAGCAAUGGAACGACCCCAGGCUGGCCUAUAGUGAAUACCCCGAUGACUCUCUCGACCUGGACCCGUCUAUGUUGGACUCUAUCUGGAAACCUGAUUUGUUCUUCGCCAACGAAAAAGGCGCCAAUUUCCAUGAGGUUACGACUGACAACAAACUACUAAGGAUUUCAAAAAAUGGGAACGUAUUGUAUAGUAUUCGAAUAACACUGGUCCUGGCCUGUCCCAUGGACUUGAAGAACUUCCCAAUGGACGUACAGACCUGUAUCAUGCAGCUGGAGAGUUUCGGCUAUACGAUGAAUGAUCUCAUAUUUGAGUGGGAUGAGAAGGGAGCCGUGCAGGUCGCAGACGGGCUGACGUUACCUCAGUUUAUACUGAAAGAGGAGAAAGACCUGCGAUACUGUACCAAGCACUACAACACAGGAAAGUUCACUUGUAUCGAGGCUCGUUUCCAUCUGGAGAGGCAGAUGGGCUAUUACCUGAUUCAGAUGUACAUCCCCAGCCUUCUGAUUGUCAUUUUGUCCUGGGUGUCCUUCUGGAUCAACAUGGACGCUGCACCUGCCAGAGUGGGACUGGGCAUUACCACCGUGCUCACUAUGACCACCCAGAGCUCCGGCUCCCGAGCCUCCCUCCCCAAGGUGUCGUAUGUGAAAGCCAUUGACAUCUGGAUGGCUGUGUGCCUCCUGUUUGUCUUCUCGGCCCUGCUUGAGUACGCCGCUGUGAACUUCAUCGCUCGGCAACACAAGGAACUGCUGCGCUUCAGGAGAAGGAGGCGACACAUGAAGGAGGAUGAGGGCGGUGAGGGCCGGUUCAGCUUCACCGCCUAUGGCAUGGGCCCUGCCUGCCUGCAGGCCAAAGACGGCAUGGCCAUCAAAGGGAACAACAACAACGCCCCGACCGCCACUGCCGGCCCUCAGGAGAAAACGGUGGAAGAGAUGCGCAAGCUCUUCAUCGGCCGCGCGAAGAGGAUCGACACGGUCUCUCGCGUGGCUUUCCCGCUAGUCUUCCUCAUUUUUAAUAUUUUCUACUGGCUCGUAUACAAGAUCAUCCGAAGCACGGAUGUACACCAGAUGACGUAAGCAAGGGAAGAGAGAGAGUUCAAUACCACACCAUCCUGCUCCCAAACCCAAUACUCCUCG